GCUUGACAUAUAAAUUCGAAUCCAAACCUGCUCCACGCGCGUUCCCUCCACCUCCAUUAAACCCUGCACCGUCCUCCGUCGGCGGCGAAGCGAAGCGCAGCGCCGAAUCGUAACCUAAAUUUAUGUUGCGAAUUGACGUGGAAACACAAUGAGGUUGGAAAAGUGCUGGUUCUGUUCCUCCACCGUGUACCCUGGCCACGGUAUUCAGUUUGUGCGAAACGAUGCUAAGAUAUUCCGGUUUUGUCGAUCCAAAUGCCAUAAGAACUUUAAGAUGAAGAGAAAUCCUCGGAAGGUAAAAUGGACCAAGGCCUAUAGGCGAUUACAUGGAAAGGAUAUGACCCAGGAUUCAACUUUUGAAUUUGAGAGGAAGCGAAAUCGGCCAGAGAGGUAUGAUAGGAAUCUGGCGGAGAACACACUAAAGGCCAUUAAGAAGAUAGACAAGGUUAGGGUCGAUAGGGAGGUCAGGCACCACACGCUCAGAAUGAAGGGCAAGACAGCAAAGGAGCAGAGGGAGGCAGCGAAGGAGUUGGAGCAAGGAAUCCACCUGGUCAAAGCUCCAUCAGUACUUCAAGAGGAGCCAUCUCUCACUUUGCCCAAGGUCAAGGUCAAGGUUUCUCAUCAAGAAUCUCAGGAAAACCGAGCUAUGGAAGAAUGAUUUUGUUGUCGAAACCAGUCCCAUAUACAUUUGUUACAUCAUUAGAAUUGAGGUCAUGUCAAUUUUCCUGUGUCCCGUUACUUGUAAGGGUGUCGUAAACUUAUCUGGUUUAGAGUUUUUAAACUCCAACCUCUCUCUUUCUCUCUCUCUCUGUGAUGUUUAAUGGUGGUGACUUAAGACCAGUGCGGGUUGCUGGUUAUUUUUCUUUUUCAGUCAGAUGUUAACAAGACCUCCAGUCGAGAGGUAUGUAGCAUUUUUGGAUUGGAUGUUCAUAAGUUGAAAGUUUUGGAGCCUUCAUGAAUGCUAAAAGUCUAUCCUUGUUUUCAA